AUGUCUCAUCGCAUCCUACAGCUUUUCAAUGACCUCCACGCCUUUCCCUCGUUUUCUGUCAAACGCCAUGUUUUCGCCGUCGCUAUGCCCAAACUCAACCUGCGACCAGCGAAAAAUCCAAUACGGUCGCUAUGGCGUACAGCACAUUCCCACUGGAAGUUGAUUCUGGCCAUUGCGUCUUUGAUGUUUAUCGAAGUAUGCGUACACGUACACAACUGCGAUGUUGCUCGCCCGUCGACACCCCUCGACGCGCCCUUCUACACAGGAUGUCAGACCCCUGUCCUAAAUACGACCGCGCGCGAAUCUGCCGUUCUCGUAAUGCUUGCACGCAAUGCGGAAGUCAAAGGCGCAGUUUCAAGCAUACGCAGCGUUCAAGAGCAAUUCAACGAUAACUUUGGGUAUCCGUGGGUUUUCCUGAAUGACGAAGAAUGGAGUGAGGAGUUCAAGCAAAAGGUAGGCAAGGCAGUAGGAAAAGAUGCGGAUGUAAAGUUUGAAGUCGUACCCAAAGAGAUGUGGGGAUAUCCUGAAUGGAUCGACCAAGAACGGGCAAGAAGCAGUAUGCAAGAUAUGAAAAACCGACGUAUACAAUACGGAGGACAAGAAAGCUACCACCACAUGUGUCGAUUUCAAUCUGGUUUCUUCUACGACCAUCCUGCCCUCCUCCCCUACAAAUACUACUGGCGCGUCGAACCCUUUAUAUCCUUCACAUGCGCCAUAACCUACGACCCCUUUGUUGAAAUGACACGCCACAAGAAACGCUAUGGCUACACAACCGCCCUCUGGGAACGUGGACAAACCGUCCCUUCUCUUUUCCGCAAACUCUCCCUCUUCAAGAACAAAUAUAAUCUCCCCACCUCCAGCCUCUGGACCGCCAUGAUCGACGCAAGUUACAUGCCUUGGCCUUUUCGCCGUGCACUAGCGCUACUGCGCAAUAGGGAUGAACGGGGUGAUCUGUGGAACAUGUGUCAUUUCUGGUCGAAUUUCGAAAUCGCGGAUAUGGAUUUCUUCCGUGGAGAUGCGUACCGUGCUAUCUUCGAGUAUCUGGACAGGGAUGGCGGGUUUUAUUAUGAGAGAUGGGGCGAUGCGCCUGUUCAUUCGUUGGCUGCUGCUAUGCUAUUGCAGCCGGAGGAGUUGCAUCAUUUCAGUGAUUGGGGAGCAGGAGAGGGCGAGAGGGGUGAGCGUACCGAAGAUCUCGGGCUCUGCUGGAGAAUGGAGAGAGGAAUUGGGGUGCAGAUGUAA